AUGCUGGCGUUUUUCUUUGUUGGCACGGGAUUUGUGGCAUUGCAGAUAUCAGGCCUGACGACUAUGGUGGGAAAUAUGCGGUCCGUGCAAAACGCCUUGGGACUGGCUGUAUUGCUGUUUGGAAUGAGCCCUGUCUGGCAGGUUCAGGUCGCUGCUAGGGUUUUUAGGAGGGAUGAGGAUCAACAGCUAACGACGGAAAGUUUACUUCUCGUGCUGGGUAUAUUUCUUGGCACUGUUUCCAUGUUGGGAGGAGCUGGACUGCUGUCUUUACCGGAAUGGAGGAGGACAAAGGGUGUAGGAGCUGGUGAGGAGGCGGAGGAAGGCCUAUUGGACACAGAGGCGGUAGACGUAAUUCAAAACGACGCUGUCAAUUCUAAUCAUCAGCAGCAAGCAUCAUAUGGAUCAACUAACAGCAAUGACGUUCGGGAAAAUGAGCCCAUGAAAUUGACAUGGAUAAGUCCCAGCACUCGUGCCUUUCUCAACGACAGGAAUGCCUGGUUAUUUGCACUUGCAAUCUUCCUCAGUACUGGCCCAGCGCAGACAUUUACAAAUAAUGAACACUAUUACAAACAACGUAUCGCACCAACUUGA